AUGGAUAAAGAAGGAUAUUGUGAAGAGAUUAAAACAGAGGAUUUAGCUACUUGCAAAGGAAAGGAUUAUGAUUUGGCAGAUUUCAAUUUGACGAUGUUGAGGCAUAUGUGUAUAUUGUCGGGUUGUGAUUACUUACCGUCACUCACUGGUAUGGGUUUGAAGACAGCCUACAAGUAUCUGAAGAAACAUCGUGAUAUCGAGAAGAUCUUCAAGGUACUGAGAAUGGAGAAAGGCAUGCAUACCAACUAUAUCGAACAGUUCUAUAAAGCUGAUCUCACCUUUAGACAUCAGCGUGUAUUCGAUCCUUGUUUACGAGAGUUAGUACAUUUCUCACCAAUAGAUAAAGAGAAAACUUAUAAUUUCGAAUCAAUCGAUUUCCUUGGAGAAUUUAUUGAAAAUGAAAUAGCAGAAAAGAUUGCAAAAGGUAUUAUCGAUCCCAACUCCAAACAAUCGUUCGAUGAGAAUGUUCCUACACCAAACAUUACAUUCAAUACACAACCAAAGAAAUCAUUUUUAAGUUCUCAUGAAACCAAUAAGAUUACAAAUUAUUUCGAUAAAACAAGUGGAUCCACUUUAACAACAAAAGUAGUACAGCAAAAUGACGAUACCAGAUAUGACGAAUUCGAUUUGGAAAGUGAUAUAGAAGAAGAGAAUUUGAAAUACAAAGAAGAGAAUGAUGAUGAUGAAGAUAAUGAUCAAACUUCCUAUUAUUAUGGAGAUGGUAAUACAUAUACUACUAAUAGUGAUAAUAAUCAAAAUAAGAUAGUUACCAGUAGUUAUUUCUCAACUUCAAAGAUAUCGGUAGAUGACAGUUUUGAAAUCGAAGAUUAUGAGAUUAAAUAUGAAGAACAAAAUGAAGAAGAACAACAACAAAUUACUUAUUAUCAACAGCAACAAUCACAGCAACAACAACUACAACUACCACCACCAAGAUUAACAUCUUCUUAUUUUUCACAACAACAACAACAACAACAACAACAACAACAACAACAACAACAAUCAUCUUCACAAGGUUCACAAUCAGAUAACAACAAUAAUAAUGCUGGUAAAACAUUUAAAAAGAAUAGUUUAGUUACAGAUCAGAGAGUCAGUUUAAAUAUAUUCGAUCAAUUUAUGUAUAAGAAGAAAGAAAGUGUUUUAAUGACAAACACUUCAACUACAACAACAACAACCACAACAACAUCUUCAACACCAUCUUAUUCCAACAACAAUUUUAAUAGUAGUUUCAGUAGUAGCAGCAGCAGUGGCAGCUCUGGUAGUAUAGAUAACAAUUGUAAUUUAAAUAACAGCAGCAAUAAUCUUAACAGUUCAUCCGAAGGCAUAAGAAGAAAAACACUUUUAUUUUCACAAAAUCAAGCAUCACCUUAUCAACCUGCAAAAAGAAAAGAUAUCUAUGAUUUCGAUCAACAGCAACAACAAUCACCAUAUCAACAGCAAAAUCAACAACAACAACAACAACGUCAACCUCAUCAACCUUUUUUCAAAAAGAAUAAAAUAACAACGGUAAGCGCACCAACAUCAUCAUCUACACCAUCAUCACCAACAGAAAACCACCAAUCAACAAACACACAAGAAGACAACAGCUUUAAAUUUAUACAACCAAAGAAAUCCAGUAGUUUACCAUCGUUUAACACCGAUUCAAUAUUUGAAGAUGACAGUAGCGAUGAAGAGCUCUUCAAUCAAUCGAAUUUCUCUGAUUCUCCAAUUAAAUUUGUCAAGGAAUCACCACCACAAUCACCACACAUCACACCACCAACAAACCGUAUGACGACUAUCAACAAACCUAUUUCUCCCGAAUUAAAUCAUUCAAUUAAUCUGAGUCCGCCUCCAAAGUUUGAAAUCAAUCAAGAGGUACCCAAUGAUACCAAGAAAUAUGGAAGCACCUCUGACGAAAUCGUUUCCAAAUAUUUCUCACCAGCAAGGACAUCAUUGGCAGCAACACCUGCAACCCCAACAUUUUCAUGGAGAGCAAGACUUUCACAAAAGUACCGAGAAUCUCAAAGUAGUGCAUAA